CAGAUUCAGAGAUCGGGAUGUCGGGGCGACUGGGGCCGCCUGGGGCGGACUUUGCGCACUUGCAGCAGGACAAUGCUGAGAUUGAACGGUCAAUGCUUGCGCAAGAAGUAGAAGCGCUGCGAUCACGACUAGGCCUCCGGCAAGUGGACGUGUCCAAGGAAUGUGGCGUCAACGCGUCGAUGCUGUCGCAAUGGAUGCUUGGACGAUACAAAGGGAACAUUGCGCGAAUCAAUGGGUUGAUGGAAAGCUGGCUUGUCAACCGCCGCGGUGGCAAACCACUUGACAAAUCCGCCAUGGUCCUUCAAGCGCCACUUCGCGUGCCUACCGCCGGGGAUGGCAUGGACGGAUUCCAUCACCUCUCGAAGCGGAAGCCACUCGUCCACCUUGCCGAACGUCCGCUGUACAAGUACCCCAAGAUCACGCACAAUAGGUCGUCCCUUGUGCCGAUACGACUGGAUGUGGAUGUCGAUGGCUACCGAUAUAUCGAUUCGUUUGCGUACAACAUCCACGAGAGUGACUUCACCUACGAAACGUUUUCAGCUUCGCUGAUCCGAGAUCUCGACUUGCCCGAUUGCUUCUACGUACCGAUUGCAAACGCGAUCCGGCAGCAGGUGGACGCGGCAGUCCCGCUCCUCGCGGAGCCAAAAGCCACGGACCCUUCAACGUCAUCGCUCGUUCCCAUCCACAUCAAACUGCGGCUACACGAUACGAUUGUGCUCGACUCGUUUGAGUGGGAUGUCUCCAACCCAUCCAACAGCCCCGAGCACUUUGCCGCGACGUUUUGCGCCGACAUGGGCCUAGACGACGGCGAGUUUCAAGUCCAAAUCGCGCUCUCCAUUCGAGACCAACUGCUUGCGUAUGCAAAGAAGGCGGAAGCACAGCCUCCCCAAACCCGGAACCCGUCCGUUGUGCCGCCCCAUCCUCUCCGCGAUUUUGACGAGGCCAAGCAGUGGGAGCCCAAAGUUCGCUAUGUUGUCGCAGAUGACAUUGCCGUCCUCGAGCGCGAAGAUUUCAAGCGCAUGCGGCCGACGUCGUCGAUGCCCGCGCCACUGCAGCCGUCCGUGAUGCCCUACUUCCCCGUGCGAACUGCAUCCAUGUUUGCACACACUCCAAGUUUCCCAGGCGGCACGACGGGGGCCAUAGUGACCAACAAGCCGAAUCGCCCGCCCAAGCCCGUCAACACAUUCCUCAUCUUUUGCAGGCAAUGGCGAAAGAAGCUAAUGGCGCAAAACCCCACAGCGAGCGCCAAGGAAGCAUCCAGGCUCUUGGGAGAGAUGUGGCAAAAGCUCACGGAAGAGCAGCGCGCGAGCUACCAGCCCUUAGCCGACAAGGAAAAUGCCCAGCGCAUGGCCGAGUGGAAGCUCAAGGAGAAGAACGCGGGGAUGACGACAGCCCAGCCCAUGUCGGAUGCAAGCAAGACGCCUGCAACUUCUGAUGCGGCACAGGCGGGCAUCGCGGCCGACGACGACGACGAGCUGGACAUGGACGACGAAGAUGGAGACUCAGAGGAAGACGAAGAAUAAAGUUAUUACUUGGUGUGUGCGGCGCCAUCUAUGGAAGGACAGUGGGUUCGGUGGCUGUCGUCGCUCCGGUGGGGGCGUUACGCCACUUGCUCUGCGCGUAAUGAUUCUCCAAUUCGAACAAGGCGGCCGCGACGUCCGAGCACAAGUGUUCAAUGGACGUGUCGACGUCAUCGCACUUCUCCUUGAGGGACUCGUAUGUCGCGUCCACCUGCUGGUUGAUGCCUUCGAAAUCGUUGAGUGUCAGGGACAGCUUGAGUUCCGCGAUCAGUUUCAACAGCGACUCCCCUGCAUGGACUAACGUCGUCGCAUACACGGAGCUCUGUAGCGCUUGUCUCGACGUCUGCGUCCGGUCCUUGAUUUUGCUCACCGUGACCAGGCCACGGUAAUUCUCGAUCAGCGACUCGACGUUGUUGUCCAAGCGGCGGCGGAAGUCUUCCGCCAUCGGUAAAUCCAC